GCUCCUUCUCUGUCUCUCUCUGAUUAUACAAACAUCUUGGGAGGUAAUCACUGUAUCGGUAUUAGUACGUAUCCAGUUUGAAAUUCGCGGUUUAAAUUUUUUUAUUUUCUCCACGUUCUCUCUGUCUGAUCCUUACAAGGGAUCUGAUUUAGAUAUGAAUUGGGUUCAACGCAAAAUCUACCUUUACAACGUCACAUUUGGGCUUUACAUGCUUGAUUGGUGGGAACGAUACCUUUUCAAUUCUUUGGUUGUAAUCCUGAUGUGGUUUAUUCUGUACAAUGGAUCUCGCUACUUUUCAGAGCUUUGCAAGAGACAUCUUUCUUGAAACCAGGUCAUAGUUAUCAAUGCCAUGGAAGCAUGAAAACGACAUGGUCGUCUGAGACCUGUGCCAACAAAAACUCAUUUGUUCUGCUUUUUCUUAACCUGUUUCUUUGGUAUCAUAUCUGAUCAUGCAACUGCCAUAUAUGUCUUUCUUUAUCACUUGUUUUGAAUUUUCCUUUGUUCAAUUCCACUUCCGGUUCAUAUUCCAAUUACAUUCGAUGACCUUGAGUUUUCAGGUGUUUUCUUGGUAUUGUUCAG